AAAGCAGCAUGUAGCCAGGCCGGUAGUUCAUGCCUGUAAUCCCAGCACUUCGGAAGGCCGAGGUGGGUGGAUCACCUGAGAUCAGGGGUUUGAGACCAGCCUGUCUCUACUAACAAUAUAAAAAUUACCUGGAAGUCCCACUGGGCGCCUGUAAUCCCAGCUACUCGGGAGGCUGAGGCGGGAGAAUUGCUUGAAUCGAGGAGACCGAGGCUGCAGUGAGCUGAGAUCGCACCACUGCACUCUAGCCUCGGCAACACAGCAAGACGGUAUCAAAAACAACAAAAAGCAGGAGGUGAGACUUCUACCUGCUCACUCAGAAUCAUUUCUGCACCAACCAUGGCCACCUUUGUGGAGCUCAGUACCAAAGCCAAGAUGCCCAUUGUGGGCCUUGGCACUUGGAAGUCUCCUCUCGGCAAAGUGAAAGAAGCGGUGAAGGUGGCCAUUGAUGCAGGAUAUCGCCACAUUGACUGUGCCUAUGUCUAUCAGAAUGAACAUGAGGUGGGGGAAGCCAUCCAAGAGAAGAUCCAAGAGCAGGCUGUGAAGCGGGAGGACCUGUUCAUCGUCAGCAAGUUGUGGCCCACUUUCUUUGAGAGACCCCUUGUGAGGAAAGCCUUUGAGAAGACCCUCAAGGACCUGAAGCUGAGCUAUCUGGACGUCUAUCUUAUUCACUGGCCACAGGGAUUCAAGUCUGGGGAUGACCUUUUCCCCAAAGAUGAUAAAGGUAAUAUCAUCGGUGGAAAAGCAACGUUCUUGGAUGCCUGGGAGGCCAUGGAGGAGCUGGUGGAUGAGGGGCUGGUGAAAGCCCUUGGGAUCUCCAAUUUCAACCACUUCCAGAUUGAGAAGCUCUUGAACAAACCUGGACUGAAAUAUAAACCAGUGACUAACCAGGUUGAGUGUCAUCCAUACCUCACGCAGGAGAAACUGAUCCAGUACUGUCACUCCAAGGGCAUCACCGUUACAGCCUACAGCCCCCUGGGCUCUCCGGAUAGACCUUGGGCCAAGCCAGACGACCCUUCCCUGCUGGAGGAUCCCAAGAUUAAGGAGAUUGCUGCAAAGCACAAGAAAACCGCAGCCCAGGUUCUGAUCCGUUUCCAUAUCCAGAGGAAUGUGAUUGUGAUCCCCAAGUCUGUGACACCAGCACGCAUUGUUGAGAACAUUCAGGUCUUUGACUUUAAAUUGAGUGAUGAGGAGAUGGCAACCAUCCUCAGCUUCAACAGAAACUGGAGGGCCUGUAACGUGUUGCAAUCCUCUCAUUUGGAGGACUAUCCCUUCCAUGCAGAAUAUUGAGUUUGAAUCUCGGGUGACAUGACACAGGGAAUUCUCUUUCUUCACUGAAGUGUGACUAUCUCCACUCACGUCCUAUUUUAGCCGAGCUUAUCUGAGAUCACAGUGAACUUCGUCCUGCUAUACACCAGAAUCGAGGUGCUGUUUCAGACAUGUAUUUCUGUAUGUGCAACUAGGAUCAGAAUAUCACAGGAAAACAUGGCUUGAAUAAGCAGAUGACAAUUUUUUCCAGUUAUCUGAUCUGAACAAAUGUUUGUUGAGCACAAGAAACUGCCAAGACUGAGGAUGUAAAGAUCAAUAAUAAAAAAUAAUGAUGGUAACCAA